AAGUUGGCGGGGAAGCCAGGGCAACGGCACCGCUCGUGGACCUUGGAGGACACACCCAGGAUGCUGGUCCCCGCACUCCUCUUUCUCCUCUUCUGCUCCAGUGGGCGUGCAGGGUGGUCCCGGUACUGGAUAUCAGGAAGUGCAGCCAGUGGCCAGCACGAUCUCCACAUUAGGCCCGUGGAGCGAGAGGAUGAAGCACUGUAUGAAUGUCAGGCUACACAAGCAGGCCUCCGCUCUCGGCCAGCCCAGCUGCACGUGCUGGUGCCCCCUGAAGCCCCCCAGGUGCUGGGAGGCCCCUCUGUAUCCCUGGUUGCUGGAGUUCCUGCGAACCUGACAUGUCGGAGCCACGGGGAAGCCCGCCCCACCCCUGAGCUGCUGUGGUUCCGAGAUGGGGUCCGGUUGGAUGGGACCACCUUCCACCAGACCCUGUUGAAGGAAGGGAGCACUGGGUCAGUGGAGAGCACCUUAUCCCUGAUCCCUUCCAGCCAUGAUGAUGGAGCCACCUUGGUCUGCCGGGCCCGAAGCCAGGCCCUGCCUGCGGGAAGGGACACAGUGAUCACACUGAGCCUGCAGUACCCCCCAGAGGUGACUCUGUCUGCUGAGCCGCAGACUGUGCAGGAGGGAGAGAAGGUCACUUUCCUGUGUCAGGCCACAGCCCAGCCUCCUGUCACUGGCUACAGGUGGGCGAAGGGGGGAUCCCCGGUGCUCGGGGCCCGCGGGCCAAGGUUGGAGGUCGUGGCAGACGCCUCGUUCCUGACUGAGCCCGUGUCCUGCGAGGUCAGCAACGCCGUGGGUGGUGCCAACCGCAGCACCGCGCUGGACGUGCUAUUCGGACCGACUCUGCAGGCAACACCGGAGCCGGUGUCCGUGGACGUGGGGAGAGACGCCUCCUUCCGCUGCGCCUGGCGCGGGAACCCGCUCCCGCGGAUCACCUGGACCCGCCGCGGCGGCGCGCAGGUGCUGGGCUCCGGGCCCACGCUGCGUCUGCCGUCGGUGGGGCCCGAGGACGCGGGCGACUACGUGUGCAGGGCCGACCCCGGGCCCUCGGGCCUGGGGGGCGGCGCCGCGGAGGCUCGGUUGACGGUGAACGCUCCCCCGGUAGUGACCGCCCUGCACUCUGCGCCUGCCUUCCUGAGGGGCCCGGCCCGCCUCCAGUGUCUGGUUUGGGCCUCUCCGGCCCCAGAAGCCGUGGUCUGGUCUUGGGAUGAGGGCUUCCUGGAGGCAGGGUCACAGGGCCGGUUCCUGGUGGAGACAUUCCCAGCCCCGGAGGGCCACGGGGGACAGGGUCCAGGCCUGAUCUCUGUGCUACACAUUUCGGGGACGCAGGAGUCCGACUUUAGCAGGAGCUUUAACUGCAGUGCCCGGAACCGGCUGGGCGAGGGAGGCACCCGGGUCAGCCUGGGCCGUAGAGACUGGCUGCCCACCGUGCAGAUUGUGGCCGGGGUGGCGGCUGCGGCCACCACCCUCCUCAUGAUCAUCACCGGGGUGGCUCUCUGCUGCUGGCGCCACAGCAAGGGUCAGUCUUCUUUCUCCGAGCAGAAGAACCUAGUGCGAAUCGCAGGCAGCAGCGACGGCUCCAGUUCGCGGGGUCCCGAGGAGGAGGAGACCGGCAGUGGCGAGGACCAGGGCCCCGUUGUGCACACGGACCACAGAGACCUGGCUCUGGAUGAGGAAGGGGUUCUGGAAAACAAAGACCCAACCAAUGGUUACUACAAGGUCCGAGGAGUCAGUCCACCCUCGUCUCCAGACUCACGUGUGACAUCUCCCCAGCUGAAGAGUCCUGGCAUCGUCAACUUGCCAUCACGAAUUGUCCUGAUUUCGGAAGAAUCGGAACCAGUUGGCAAUCUUACUCCUCCAAAUUUGAACACUGGGGGAGGGAAAGAUUGUUACAACUGUCAGGAUCGCUGACGUACAGUCAGCUCAGCCAAAGGGGCUGCCCAGAUGGAGAGCGAUCCUAUUCCUCCGUGGAAAAGGGAUUCAAGAUGGCGGAUAGGCCCUUUGCUGAGAGGGGGGACAGGGGUUGGUGGGAAUUAGGGGCAGAGAGGGAAGUUGCUUCUAGCCACUGAAGGAAGAUAUUUCAAGAUGACCAUCUGCAUUGAGAAGAAAGAGCACAGGGAAGAUCAAGGAGGAGGGCAAGCCAGGCCCCACCCUGCCUGGCUUUCCCUAAAGGAUGCUUUGCUCAGCCAAUAGAAGCACAGCCAAGAUGACUGUUCACACCCAGAAACCCAAGAUGGCCAUCAUCCUGAUUCCUUCCACUUUUCUUAAAGACUCAGAAAGAACUGGACCCAAGGGCGAGAACUAUCACAGUGGGGGUGAAGGGGAAUCUUGGGAUAAGAAUAUUUAUGUUUGAUUAAAAAAAAGUCAAAGAGGCAAAUGUG